CCUGUGUAGAGAGCCAUGAGCGGUGCUCUUGCAUUUCAAGCUUGGGUUACAUUCCGAGGCGUCUUGUCGACGUGGGCACUGAUGGCAUGGUCAAAAUCAUCAACGACGCUCGCUCCAGCGUUGGAAAAGGGACCAAGUAUGCAGCUCUGACCUACUGCUGGGGCCCCCCGUCGACCAAGAAGAUCAAAUACUUGAACCUGACGGCGCAGGAUCUGAAGGAGAUGGCUGAAGGAAUUCCAAUCGACGACGACCUCCCCCUUGUGUUUCAGGAUGCCGUCCAAACCGCUCGAGCUCUCAAGAUGCGAUACUUGUGGAUAGAUGCGCUUUGUAUCGCCCAAGGAGAUCAAGAGGAGUGGAAGACCGAGUCACUCGCGAUGCGAGAGGUCUAUGCCGGAGCCCAUGUCACUAUCUCUGCAAAUGCGGCGCCAACCUGCCACGAUUCGUUUCUCAAAAUGCCCGGCAGACGUGGGCGGGCAGGAUUCGAUAUUUGCAAAGGAAGAAGUUAUUUUGGGUCCAGGAUCAUGGCAAGAUUUCCCGAUGAUGGAACCCUUGGAGAAAAUGAUAUCUACAGACUACAUUCUCGAGGCUGGACGUUACAAGAGCUUCUGCUCAGUACAAGAGUGAUUUCGUUCCUGUUCGAUCAGGCAUAUUUCAGUUGUGCAGAAAAUCACCUAUCGAGAGAAGACGGGUACUUGACUUCCUGGAAUCCUUGCGACUACCCACAACAGACGACGACUUUGCGCAAAUGGUGGUCGCAGUUAGUGUCAGCGCCAAAAAUCAGAUCAAGGAUGGUCCCUGACGAAGAGCUUUUAGAUCUUUGGAGGGACCUCGUGGAGGAAUACACCACUCGAGAUCUCUCCAACCUAGAUGACAGGCUGCCGGCCAUUUCUGGCCUGGCCGCCCAGCUGAAACAACAAUUCAGUCCACGGAUGACUGAAUAUUGCGCUGGUCUUUGGACGAAAGAUUUUGUGAACGGCCUGUGCUGGUUCCGCGAUGGCAACGAAAUUUGGACUCCGCCCACCAAGUCUCCUUCUUGGUCUUGGGUGUCUUGUCCCGGUGAGGUAGACUACGAAGUGUACAGUGACAGUCAACCUUUGGCUCGAUUAGCGACGAUCAAUCGCUUAUCUGAACAGAAAGAGUUCAAGAAUAUUGACGCACCAGAACAUGACGACGAACUGCCGGCUCUCGAUCCCUCACUUGUAUCUUCAGAAUUUGGCCACGUUGAAUCUGCGGAGGCGACGAUAGAAGGCCGGAUGUUCGAGGUUGACCUGCGAUUCCAGAAAAAUGGGGAGGCAUACGUGCAGGAAGGGUGUAUUCGUGGCCUUUCAAAAAGGGAAUGCCAGCUUAGCUUCUAUAUGGACAGACAGGCAGGGUCAGACGAGACAUCAGGCCCAUCUAUCCGACGGUCCAUGAGGGAAGAUUACCCGGACGACUUCUGGGAUCACGGCGGUACGGUACUCCUACUUGCCUUGUCAGAGCAUGGCCUCCCUCUCCGAACAUUACUGGUCAGGCACCUUAUUUUGGUCAGAUCGACCACAAAGUCGGACAAGUACCUGAGAGUCGGGCUCUGUGAAGCCAAUUUAAAUUGGGAUUUUCUCCCCGACAUCCCAAAAUCUUACCAUGGGGGGGUAUUCGACUCCUGGAUGGCGCACUUUAAGCUGGGAUGCAUCACAAUAAUUUGA